AUGCUGCCCAAAGAUCCGGCCUCUCAGGCCAAGGUCAUCCGGGAGGUUAUCCGUUCAUACACCUAUGUGCUCAUAUGGAUGGGCAUUUCCAUUGCGGUCAUCCUGUUCAACAAAUGGCUUCUCGCGUAUUCUGGGUUUCCGUUUCCUAUCGCCUUGACGCUGUGGCACAUGUUCUUCUGCUCAUGCGUCGGCGUCGUUGCCGUUCGAGUCCUGAAGGUCGUCAAGUCACAUAACAUGACUCCACGGGAAUACUACACGCGAGUUAUGCCUAUUGGAUUGCUCUACGCCGGCAGCCUCUGGCUGUCCAACUCCGCCUACCUGUACCUGUCCGUGUCGUUCAUCCAGAUGACCAAGUCGCUCAUGCCCGGCCUGGUGUAUGCCUCGGGUGUCAUGCUGGGCACAGAGAAGUACUCGCGCGGCGUCACGCUGAACAUGCUUCUCAUUGCCUUUGGCGUGGUGGUUUGCGCCAUUGGCGAGCUUAACUUGGUCUUCAAGGGCGUCGUUCAGCAGCUAACCGCCCUGGGUUUCGAGGCUAUGCGUCUGACCAUGGUCCAAGUGCUCAUUAACAGCAAGGGCUAUAACAUGAACCCUAUCCAGUCCCUCUACUACGUCUCGCCGGCCUGUCUGGUGUGCCUGCUGGUGCCAUUUUUGAGCGUGGAGUUGUCCAAGAUGCGUACCAGCACCAACUGGACCUUCAACCCCUCGGUCAUGUUGGCGAACGCGCUGACUGCCUUUGUGCUAAACUUGGCCGUGUUCCUGCUGAUCGGCAAGACCUCGGCGCUGACCAUGAACAUUGCCGGUGUGAUCAAGGAUUGGAUGCUCAUCUUCUUCUCCUUCUACCUCUUCCACGCCCCGGUCACCACGCUGAACCUUCUGGGAUACGCGUUCUGCUGCAGUGGCGUGGUCGUGUACAACCACAUGAAGCUGCAGAUGAUUAAGAGCAAGGUGGCGUCAAAUAGCGGAGGAAAGGCCGAUGAGGAGAAGCCCAAGGAGGAGAGGUGA